AUGACGAUGAACUUGGUUUUCACAGUAGGCGCGUACAGCGGGAGCACGUUGAGCGUGUUGGGGCAGAACCCGCUUCUGAAAAAUCCGAGGGAGCUGACGAUCGUCGGCGGGACUGGCGUUUUCCGGUUCGCUCGCGGAUAUAUUCAGCUGAGGACUUACGCUUUCAACAAGACGACGAGGAAUGCGAUUGUGAACCUUGGGAGUGAGACGCUAACCCACCUCCGCCUCUCUCUGCACGAGGUGUUCGACGAGAGCAAUGCCACGAUCUUGUAUGCAGCCCACGGGAACGCGACCAACCUAGUCUUCGGCACCGUCUCACUGUUGGACAAUGCCCUCAGACCUGAAGCAGGGUCGAAAGUCAUCAGUCGAGCACAAGCCCUUGCCGCCAUCACCUCGCAGAUCAAGACUGCUCUGACCAAAGCCAUGAACUUCGUGUUCACCGAUGGCAAGCUCAACAGGAGCGUACUGACCAAAUUGGGGAGGAACGACUUGGGUCUCAAGGUCAGGGAGAUGCCGAUCGUGGGCAGGACCGGAGCUUUCCGGUUCGCUUGGGGCUAUGUUCGCACGAGCACGGUUUUCAUCAGCCAAACCAAUAAGACCGCUGUGGCGGCGUACAACCUGCAUGUCUUACAUUAUUGA